AUGUUUUCAUCCUCUCAUCAGGGUUCCUUCAAGAAACUGGAGAAGCUGGGCCAGGGAACAUAUGCAACGGUUUAUAAAGGACGCAAUCGCGAGACAAACGAAUUGGUGGCCUUGAAAGAAAUCAAUCUCGACGCCGAGGAAGGCGCUCCUUCAACGGCUAUCCGGGAAGUCUCAUUGCUGAGACGCCUCACACACGAGAACAUCCUGACCCUGCACGAUGUGAUAAACGUCGAGGACAAAUUGGUGCUGGUCUUUGAGUACAUGGAUCAGGAUCUAAAGCGCUACAUUGACACUCAAAGUAGCCCUCUUGACAACGCAACGGCCAAGUCUUUCGUCUACCAGUUGCUGUGCGGUGUCUCUUUCUGUCAUGAGAAUGGCAUCUUACAUCGAGACCUGAAGCCCGAGAACCUACUACUCAACCAGGAUGGGCGGCUAAAACUUGCGGAUUUUGGGCUGGGCCGUGCGUUCGGUAUACCCAUCAGCACAUUUUCGAUUGACGUGGUCACUCUCUGGUAUCGUCCCCCAGACGUGCUUCUUGGAAGUCGCACGUACAACACCAGCAUAGACAUCUGGUCCGUCGGAUGUAUCAUGGCAGAGAUGUAUACAGGCUCUGCAUUAUUCGCUGGAACAACAAAUGCAGAGCAACUGUUGAAGAUCUUCGAUAUUAUGGGCACACCAACCGAACUCACCUGGCCAGGCGUCAGUCAAUUGCCCGAAUACAGAAACGACUUCCCGCCUCGCUCUCCACAAAGUCUGCAACAAAUUAUACCGUCGUUAGACCCUGUGGGGGUCGACCUUCUGGAACGCAUGUUGCAACUACGUCCAGAAGCACGCAUCAGCGCCACAGAGGCUUUAAAUCACCCGUGGUUUCAGGGGCUUGAUUGAAUGAUUACAUCGAUAUGCGUAUUUUAAUAUAGAUGAGUUUUCUUCAAAUUAUUUCUUUGACCAUGGAUCCAGACACUU